UUGACGGGAUAGGACUGUUGUAAGACUCCUACUUGGCCUCAUUCCUCCACUGGAAGCAGCCAUCUGCAGUACGCAUGGGACUGCUGUGACAAACAUACAUGGUCCUGGUUGGAUUUUGUACCAGAAGGCUGAUAUUUUGGUUUGGGUUUUUUUUGGUUGACAUGUUUGGGUGCCGUCUAAGAUGAGAGGCUGACUUGUUGGAUUUUGUGCCUACUUUCCACGAGCAUCAAAAUGAAUCAGGACGGGACGAUGGACUUCAAGGCCCUGAGGGCAAAGUUCCAAGAGGAAGAUCUCCUUGUGAGGCAGCAGCCCAGGAUAAAACCCGUCCUGCCGGAGAAACCCAAAGUGUCCCCUUCGCCUCGCAGCCCCACGCAUUACCUCCCAGCUGGAGCUCGCCCAUCCCUGCUCACCUCCAUCAACCAGGGCCUGGAGGGAAGAAGCAGAUUUGCCCCCAGGGUGGUGUUCAAGGAUGAUAAGGACAGUAAGAAGCCUCUCAUUAAGACUAACUCAAAGGGGCCGGGUAACAGUGAAGAGAAGCUGAAGGUUGGUAAAGAGAAGGUGGUGAAUGAAAGCCAAGAGCUUGAUGAUAAGAAAGACAGCAGUAAAGACGAGAAGCUCCCUGUGGUGACCACUGCAGAGCUGGUGUCAUCCCCAGCGCCCCCUACAGCUCAGACCGCCAAGAAGAAGGGUUUUCUGGGCUUCAAAUUGUCGCCAAAAACUAACUCAGAGGACAUUCCAGCUGAUCCCGUCUUGGACAGCCCCAGUUUGGACAUUCUUGGACCAGCCCCACUCAUUCCCACACCUCCUGAAUUUGACGACCCAGAGCCCGAAACCUCCACCACAGAAGCACAAAACACAUUCUCCUUAUCUGAUUGUGGAGUGGAAUCAAACCCUGCCUCUCCUGGCUUCACGCCUCCCCCCACUUUCAUUCCAGAUAUUCCACCUCCAAAUCUCCCAUCCCCUGAGAGUGAAGCCCCACUGGAGAUAGAAACCCCCACCCUGCCCAUUUCUAUACCUGACAGUCAAGGUGAUAUCAGCCCAGUGGAGACCUCUCCAACCAUCUUCCAGACUAUCUUCAGCCCUCCGCCUGAAGUCUCCUCCCCACCGCCCAUUAGCGUAGCAGCACUGCUCAACCCACCACCCAGAAACCUUUCAUCCCUCCCAUCAUCUCCACAAGCUGAGAAUUCAAUGUCGCCCGUUUCUGCCUUGGAAAGGGCGGAGGACAUGAACCAAGUGAAGAGGACCUCUGCAGCAGACCAGAGGAUCCUGAACGCUCUGAAGAAUGCUUGCAGAAAGCCAACCAACAACCUCCAGACAAACAAUUCCUCCUCCAUGACACUUCCUCCUGAGGACUAUGACUCCAUGAUGGCCGGACAAGUCAACGGCAUGGAUCACAGACCAGGCUUUCCAGCCAUUGAGGGCAUAGACCAAGAAGGGACUGAAGACGUUCCAGAGUUGUUGGUGGUCCCACCUCCUCGACCCAGGAGUGUCCCCUCGAACAAAGUCACUCCAGGGGCUCCUCCACAGAAGCCUGCCAAACCUUCCAACCUCAAAAUUCCUGACUUUAUCCCACCUUCUUCACUGCAACAGAUCCCUGCGGUGCCUUUGGAAUUCUCAGAGACAGACACCGGGAAUGUGGGAUACCCUGACAGCGCAGCUUCUCCAAAGAUGUCACAAUGGACCAAUGCGGGGUCCACUGGUCCAGAUAUUCCAGAUGGAGUGACCCUUCCCCCGUCAUACAGCAAUGGAGUAGUGAUGCCAGGAACUACACCCCAAGGGGCUCCACUGUUUGCUGUUAAAUACCCAGAGCAGCCACCUCCCUAUCAGGCAGAGUCGGGCACCCUCAUCCCUUUGGAUGGUCAAGGCAUGACAGGCAUCACUACGGGAAAUUCCUACGACAACAACAUGGCUAAAAAAAAGACAAAGAGCGACUGGGGAAAGAAAAGGAAAGGACCUCCAAAGAAUCCAUAUGCUGAGGCCUCGCAAGAACUUAAUGAAGAGAAAAACAAGACAGGCAAGUUCGGAAAAAAUGACAAGAAGGUGGUGGAAGGUCCUGAUGAAAAGGAGCUGAAAAAGAGAGAGAAGCAACGCCUAGAGAAGGAGAAGAAAGAACUGAAGGAGAGACAAGAGAGGGAGAAGAGGGAGCAAAAAGAGAGGGAGAAGAGGGAGAACGAGAUGAAGAAGAAAUUCAAGAUCUCAGGUUAUGAGGAGACUAUGUACAAUGCUACGGUCACUGUGACAACGAAAGGACGCAAGGAUGACCUGCCCGUCAGGAGGGGCGACAGCAUCAGCAUCAUCAGUACCACCAACUGUCCCAAAGGCAAAUGGUUAGCCCGGGACUUUGCCAACAACUACGGUUAUGUCGCAGUGAACCAUGUGGAGCUAGACAUCAAGGAGAUGUUGGGGCUGGGAAAGAAAACUGCCCCCACUAGUAUCAGUAACCUCGAGGAUGCUGAUGUCACCAACACAGGAAGCAAGAUUACAAAUCAUUUCCCACACUCAGCAGAAAGCUUUUCAGAUGACAGCGAGGAAUGGGCCGCUGACGACGAUGAGGCUGUCCCAUCACCUAACAAUGCUGCUGUGUACCCCCCAGAUGCCAUGAUCCACAAUCAUGUAUUCUCCAUGCCAGCCGUAGGCAACACAGACCUCCAUGUCAACCAUCAGCAUAGUCACAGUGACAUCAGUCCAGACAGAACGCAUGAACUAGCCAAAAAUGAAGCACUUCAAAAGCUGACCACAUUUUUCCAUUCUCCAAAAACAGUCCAGCCGACUGCCAGCAUCACUGAACAACAAGCAAGUCUUGUGCAUCAUAGAGAAAACGUGGUUCAUCAGCCAAGUUCAAUCCAGGCUGUCGAUUUUGAACAUCCCGAUAUGCUGAUUAUACCUCCUCCAGAGCUGUAUGCUGAUGCUAGCGAGGAGUGACAGUAAACCAGGAAGAUGGGAUUUUUCUUCUUAUUUUCACACUGUGACUUCUUAGAACCAACCUUUUUUGUGUUUUUUUUUAACCGUCUGGAUUCAGAAAGAGAGGGUACCAGCUCAGCAACGGACUUCUUUGUGUUGUUGGUCUCAGUGAGAAAUCAAUAAACCCAGAUGGGUAAUUUGAGGUGUUGAUUCCAGAGGAAAAAAGCUGCACGAUGGGAUUUUUCGAUGGUUAUCAUGGAAUGGGACCACUCCAUCAUUCACUAGUGUAGUGUUUUCACCAGAAACAAAUAUUAUACAUUAUGUUUGAUGCAUUACUUCUAACUAAUCAUUCUCUUUGGCUGAUGUCUUCCUCUUUUAACACACUUUUAACACCCAUUUUGGUCCAAAUUUAAUCUGUCUUUUGUGACAUCAUGAACGUCUGAUCGGAAACUUAACGUAUAUCUAAUGUCAUCAAAUUUCACACAGUACCCCCCCCCCCCCCCCCAAAAAAAAAAAUUUAACAUACAGUCAUUCAUUUUGCAUAAUCUCAAAUUCUUUAAUUUAUGACAUUUUUCUCUCAAAAGAUACAAUUUAAUUCCUGUAACCUAACUCCUUUCUGAAACUGCACGGUGUUAUUCCUGUACUUUAGUGGCGUUUAUUCUCAUCUUAUUUCAGGUAAUAUUGCCAAUUCUUUUUUUGAAUGUUCCCACUAUAAUCCUGUAAUUUUUUUUCAUGCUAUUGUGAUUUUUUUCUUUUAAAUGUACAAAUUUAUUCUCGCAACAAAGUUUUUUAAGAGGAAAAUUACGACUUGUUUCGCGUUAUAUCACUUUAUUUGUCGAGUGCAUCAACUUAUUUUGUGUACUAUUGCAACUUUUUUCAUGUUUACAACUUUAUGAUUGAUGAUGAUGAGUGAUUAUUUUCUUGUCAUUUGUUUUUUAUUAUUGCAGUUCAUAUGUAUUUUAUAUAUUUUAAUAUUUAAACCCUCUCAUGUAGCUAUCCAAAAUAUUACAAACGGAAUUUUUGUAUUAGGCACUAUUAAAUUGUGCAUCUGUUUUUUUCUUCUUUACUUUUUAUGUACCUUCAGUGACCUUGCCUCCACAAACUAAUAAUCACAACACAACUUCCUUUUGUA